UUUGCUACGGGCCGGAAGUGACGUUUUCGGCCGCUAGGUUGCUGCGCAGUUCUAAGGAGAAAAGAGAGAGGGAGAGAGAGCGAGGGAGGGAGGACGAGGACGACGACGUCUUGCUCUUGUGUGGCUCUUGUUGCGGAAGCUCCUGCUGCCUCCCGCCUCAGGCCCUGAAAGCGAAAGCCGGGCCAAGGUGGUCGCCGCCGCCGCUGUUGCUGCGACGACGACAAGGAGGAGGAAGAGGAGCAGCCGCAGUUCGUUAUUGAAAUCAUGAAUCCUGUUUAUAGUCCUGGUUCUUCUGGGGUUCCCUAUGCAAAUGCCAAAGGAAUUGGUUAUCCAGCUGGAUUCCCAAUGGGUUAUGCAGCUGCUGCUCCUGCCUAUUCUCCUAACAUGUAUCCUGCUGCAAAUCCUACAUUCCAAACAGGUUAUACACCAGGCACACCAUAUAAAGUCUCCUGCUCACCAACUAGUGGUGCAGUGCCUCCCUAUUCAUCAUCACCCAACCCCUACCAAACUGCAGUGUAUCCUGUUCGAAGUGCCUAUCCACAGCAGAACCCAUAUGCACAGCAAGGCACUUACUACACACAGCCUUUAUAUGCAGCACCACCCCACGUAAUUCAUCACACUACAGUUGUGCAGCCUAAUGGAAUGCCAGCAACAAUGUAUCCAGCGCCAAUUCCACCCCCCAGAGGAAAUGGUGUCACUAUGGGAAUGGUGGCUGGGACCACAAUGGCAAUGUCAGCAGGCACCUUGUUGACAACACAUUCCCCGACUCCUGUAGCCCCACAUCCAGUUACAAUGCCCACUUACCGGGCCCCAGGAACUCCAACCUAUAGCUACGUGCCCCCACAGUGGUGAUUACCAUGCAGUGUUUGAAGAUGGGAGAUAUGCAAUCAAGUAACUGAGGUUUAAAAGUUGGUGCUGAAGCCCUCAUGCCUCCAACCAGGACUUGUUUCUUCUGAAUGCUCGCAUCCCUUUGCUAAACACUAAUUCCAGAUCACUGAAGAUUUCCAGUGCUGCAUAUCUUACAUCUUGGAACUCCAGCAGUUAGUCUUAAAGCAAAUCCUGUUUUGUGGACCGUCUUGCAAUUUUAGCUAAUUAUAAUGAUUAAAGGGAGUAUAAAUUUAUUGAUCAUAUCUAGUUGAAUGCAUGUCUAAAACUCACAAAGCUUGCUCAUCUACAUGCUGUGACUGAUGCAAAAACUGUCAUAUGCAAAAUCCAAAGGAGCCGAAAAGUAUUUUACAAUUAGUAUCACUAAUGCACUGUUGUAAUGUAUGCAGGGUCUUAAGGGGUAGAAUUGUGACUGUGAUUUUUUUUUCCCCCUCAUAGAUAUAUUAGUAAAUGCUCUAACCUUUUAAGGUUGGUGAAGGCACCAGUUAAAGGGGGCCCAGUUAAGUGCUGUUUUCCUUUCCUAGAUCAGUGACUGGAAAAUGACUUUGUAGUUCUAAAGAAAUACCUUACAGAGCAUCAGUUUACCAUACAUACCUUUUCCAUUGUUUUGGAUUCCGUGUUACAUGGACAUUCUUAAGGAUAAGAAUGAAAUUUUGCAGGAAAUGUGUGGUUAUCAGCGGGAGUAAAUAAUACGCCUUGCUGUCUAAAUCAUCCAGGCAUUCUUAUUUCAUUGGAAUAUAUCUAUAUAAUGGUCUGCCUGCUAGAAAAAUCAGUUUUAGAUGAUUGAUGUGUCCAUAGCAAAUGUCCACACUGCCAAUAGUAUCAAAUUUCCUUUUCAUUUCAGCUCCCCUCCAUCUGCUGCAGAUGUAUUAAUUCCGAUCAGCCAACAAAAUUGCAGUUCAGACCAGCUUGCUUUUUGUACAGUGUGCUAGUGUCAAUAUUUCAGAAUCAAUAGAAAGGAAUUCAGUAGCAUGUUCUAAGGAAAGUUUCCACAUUUGAUAUAUUAAAGGGAAACAAACCAUUUAAACAUUUUAAUGGCUUGUUUUCCUUGCCACAUAGAUUAUGAACAACAGAUAGUAGGAGUCAUUGGGAUUUAAAUGUUUUCCAAAAGAAAAAACAAGUAGGAGUAAAUUAGAAAGUGAUCAAGUAACAGAGUGGUUAAUUAGUAAUAGUGGUUUUGCACCAUCUUUGCUCUAUGCUAUUUACCGCCUCAGUUGCAUGUGGAAAACAAGAGAAUUAAGAAGAGAGAGACAGUAUUCUGUUGCAGCAAAUCACAUCUGAACUCCUUGUUUACAGCUUUCAGUUUCUGUUGAAGUACCUUAGUCAGUGCUCUGGGGAUAUAGAGCUAGUGUCAGAAUCAGUUUGCGUACCAAAAUUAUUAUGGCUUUUUAAAGUUUUAGUGUCAGUGCUAAAAGCAAUCAAGGGCUUUCUUCAAUUGGCAUCCGUUAGGAAAACAAUAAUGAGACAUUAUUUUCCCCAAUACUUCCUGCCUGCAAUAAAUUGUGCAGCAAAUGGUUAUAAAAUGUUCCCUCUUAAAAAUUGAUAUUUGUAUGUUAACUUACAGUCUUGGUAGAGUAUUCACAAUCUUUUUUUUUUCCCUUAAGUUGUGAGACUGAACAUGCCUCUGUUUUACAUUUUGGAUAGUCAGGUUUUAAAAACAGAAUUUGCAGCUACUUUGGUGUAACAAUAUGCUGCUUAUAUUGCUGCCAUCCGCAUGUUUUCCUGAGGCAUGUGGCUUUGGCAUCUCAAAUCCCAGUAGAGAUCAGAGCUUGAUAACUUUUUGGUUUUUUUACAAUAGUCAGUCUUCAUAUUAUUAUUUUUUUAUUUUAAGGUAUUUUUUACUUAAGGUUUGUUAUAGAGUAUCAUUCUAAAUACCCCCUUGAUCGAGAUGCCUUUAGCACAAUAAAAAUAAAAGUUUUAAUCUUGAACACUUAUUGAAACCUAGAUUGUUCUACAUACAAAGGACAAAACAGUUCCUACUGCUUACCAUUUGAAUCUUUUCUGCUUUGGAUGAGUCUGCUUAGUUAUUCUAUUUGUGAAAUCUUGUUUGUAAUUCUGGUUUGCAGAGUGCUCCACAGAGUAGAGAUCCCUCAGUAUUGGACAGAUGUCCAGUGUAGCAAGUUUUUAAAGUACAUGAUUUCUUGCUACACAUAAAAGUUGUGAGCUUUGAAACAUGGCUGUUUUGGAAACAUGUUGAAAACAAAUGACAGCACUGCUGCCUCCAGUCUCUUUAACUUCAGUGCCCUGGAUUUUUCAGCUAAUGCAGCACUUUGUGAAUGGUAAGGACAAGUUAUAAUUUAUUCUCCUUGAGCUUCAGAUUUCUAAAUACUUCUUCCUCCUCUUUUGGACACAGUGAUAAUAACAACCUUUAGAUGAUCUCACCUGAGCACUUUUUUCUAAGUUGUGUUAUGAGAUUCGUCUGCAAGGGAGGAAUAGUAUUUCUUGCAAAAGUUACUGCACCUUCCAUAAAUUCUAAUCUGUGAGUGAGUGGGAGGGAGAGGGCAUUUUCCAUGCCUUCAGUAGGAGUCAGUCAGGAAGUAACCAAAAGCACAGUGAAGAGAGGAUGUAUAUAGCUUGGUAUAUUGUUGCAAAUAAUAAAAAGCAUGACUAUGAAACUGAAAAUUUGUACUUCAACUGGGUUAUUGGCAGCAGAGGGGUGUUAUGAAAUUCCUUCUUCAGCUGUCAGUCUUUUCCCUGUUUAGAAUUCCUAUGAGGGAGGGUUUAUGUGGGUGGGUGUGGUAAAACCUCAAGAUCUUAAUAUGCGGCUGCAGUGAAACUCCCUAGAAAGCUUUAAAAGGAGCUAAUGCAGUAUAGACAAGGCUCAAAUCAAGCUGCUUUCAAAUGAAUGCAGCCUCAAAAAUAUGCUUAGAAUUGAAUUUUAAAAAAUUACAGCAAUAACAGAAGACAGAAGAUCUGGGCUUGAUUUUACAUGUUAUGUUUUUUAAUAAUGUUGAAGGUAUCAUUUAUGAGACAUUGCCAAAGUAGAUAACACAGUAUUCUGGGUGUCUCUUUAAAACACUAGCAAAAUAGUCACAUUCUAUGGAAAUGUUAUUUGCCCAAAAAUCUGAUAGGUGUAGUCAGGGGUAUUUAGCAUUAACCAGCUGACAGGAAACUAUGUCUCCAUUACUAAUCCUGUCUAAAAAUGUGUAACUAAAACUUUGAUAUUGAAGUACAAAAAUACAAGUACUCUGGCAAGUUUAUAAGAAGCCAUGUAAAGUGUCUUGAUGCUGUUGUGGAGUUAAUAUGAGGUGGUGGGAAAUUCAGUUCAGCUGAAUUACUGAAUCUGAACAUUCACUUUAAGAAUACAAAAUUUCUAAUCUAUCUAGAUUAAGGUUUAUGGUAAAAUCUUUGUAUAGGGAUAUUCCAGGUCAGCUAAUCUUCAGAGGCAUUUUCAGUGAAUGCCAAACUGAUUAAACAGAUCUUUUUCCUGUUCUUAGGUAGUUCCUAUGUCUUUCUGAUGAACGUGUUGCUUGAAAAUGGUCUUACGAGACUAGUUUCAUUUUGUUGUAAUUAAGGACAUUAUCACAUGGGGUUAAGAAAUGGGAGAAAAAUGGAAUGCUCCCAUCAUUAUUGCACAAUUUCAUGAAGAUUAUCAUGUGACAGCGCAUUCAUCCCAUAUUUAUCGCGUUAAUAACCUGUAAUCAUCCUGUAAUAUCUUAUUAAUGGUAAACUCCCGUGAAUAGCUUAUUACAGAAUGAUUACAGGUUAUUAAUGGGAUAAGUAUGGGUUGAGUGCGACAUCAUGUGAUAUUCUUCAUGCAAUUACACAAUAAUGAUGGGAGCAUUCCGUUUCUCUCCCAUUUCUUAUUCCCGUGUGAUAAUCUCCUAAAAUGCAAGGGAUCUUAGAUGACACUUCUAUCCUAGGCAUAGCUGAAAAUUUCACAUCCAUUCAUUAUGGAUGACAUUAUUAGACUAAUACCCAAUAUUACAUAGGUGCACCUAGGAGAAAAAAAUCACUGGUAAUCAGUAACUUCCUGAUAAUUGUGACAUGCACAUAACAUUCUCUGUUGGAUAAUUUUAUUAGCAUGUGUCAAGAGAAUGGAGACUGUCCCAGUAUUAAGCAAAAUUUUAAUCUUUUUAUGUAAAGCACUAAACCUCAAAUGCAGAGCUUGCUUUGUGGCCUUUUUUCAUGUGCACUUGAAGCUUCCUUGUAAACUGCCUUCCCUGUUGACUCAAAUAGAGGGGGCAGUUCUUUGCAGAGGUUCCUUUCCAAUGUGUAAAACACUCACUUUUGUUUGAAGAGAAGGUGGGACUUCAUGCAGGCAAGGGAGCACCGUGUGUGCACUGAAACACCAGUGAAGAAGCUCUUGGUUCAGCUGCAGGUUUUCAUUAGAACUGGAGCGAUAUAAGAAAUAAGCACGUUUUUUGAAUUAAUUGUGUCUAAACUCUCUCAGCUCUUGAACUGUCUUUUCAAGAUAGUGAAGGCAUUUUACUGGCUGCUUAGGGGAUAUUAAAAUGCCAGACUUAUAUUGUGUGACAUGAAGAUAUUUGAAUAUUCCAGCAUCAGGAGAUAACAUAAUCGAAAUAUUCUGAAUAGUUGACCUCCAAUUACCUGACACCAGUAUCUGUGUGACUUUUUCCAAUCUGAUGUGACUUUUGAGCACUUAGCAAGCAAACUGGGGAAGCUUCAUGUAGCUUGCUGCUGUACAGACUUGUUUUUAGUAGAAUGGAUUUGUUAGUGGGAUUUUAUUGUAGUGCUAUUAUUGGCUGCCCUUGUGGGGUGAAAAGGGGGAGUGCAUGCGACAGAGGUGCAAGAGGCCCCAGUAAUAGUGUUUGUUAUGAAAUAGGCACAGGUUUCCUUUUUUUAUAACUUUUUUUUAAAGACUGUCUUGAAGCAGUUGUAUUGGUACUUUUCCCCAAGUUUAGGUCAGUGUUGUCUUCCAGAACAAGUUUAAAGCAUCCCAUCUGCAUUGAACUUUUGCAUCAACACAUAGGAGUGGCAAUUCCAUUCUGAGCCAAUUGUGUAAAAUCCAUUUUUAUUUUUAUGCAAUCCAAUGAGUAGACAAGCUCAGAGUUAAAAUUCUUAAAAGCACGUUUAUGUAACAGGAAUUGUUAUGUAUUAAUACUUCAGUUUUCAAUAAAGAUUGACUGUGUUGCUUA